GCGAAGCCGGCGGGGGAUACACACGUGGGUUCUGCUGUGGAUUCUGCUACCUUCUCGGCGGACGUGGACGCGUGUUCUCUGAGCGAGUGCGAGCCACCGUUCGGUCAACAUGGGUCGCUCGGGGAAAUUGCCCUCUGGUGUCUCGGCCAAGCUGAAGCGCUGGAAGAAAGGGCACAGUAGCGACAGCAACCCCGCCACUUGCCGCCAUCGCCAGGCCGCUCGGAGCCGCUUCUUCAGCCGCCCGUCAGGAAAGAGCGACCUGACAGUUGAUGCUGUGAAGUUGCAUAAUGAGCUGCAGUCGGGCACCCUGAGCCUGGGCAAAAGCCAAGCCUCUGACACGACCAUGGACCAAGAGCCGGAGGUGGCUUUCACUGAGAAGUCCUCGGGCACGUUUCUGAGUGGCUUGUCAGACUGUACAAACGUCACUUUCAGCAAAGUGCAGCGCUUCUGGGAAUCCAACUCAGCUGCUCACAAGGAGAUCUGCGCUGUGCUGGCUGCUGUUACAGAGGUGAUUCGAUCCCAGGGAGGCAAGGAGACGGAGACUGAGUACUUUGCUGCUCUGAUGACAACAAUGGAAGCAGUGGAGUCCCCAGAGUCACUGGCUGCUGUUGCAUACCUACUGAACCUUGUCCUGAAGCGUGUGCCAAGUCCUGUGCUCAUGAAGAAGUUCUCUGAUACCUCCAAAGCCUUCAUGAACAUCAUGUCUGCCCAGGCCAGCAGUGCUUCCACCUCUGCGCUCCGAUGGGUCCUUUCCUGCCUGGCCAUCCUCCUUCGGAAGCAAGACCUGGAAGCCUGGGGCUAUCCUAUCACCCUUCAGGUGUACCAUGGACUGCUGAGCUUCACUGUGCAUGCCAAACCAAAGAUCCGUAAGGCUGCUCAGCAUGGAGUGUGCUCAGUUCUCAAGGGCAGUGACUUCAUGUUUGGUGAAAAGGCCCCCGCCCAUCAUCCUGCUGCCAUCUCCACUGCCAAGUUCUGCAUCCAGGAGAUUGAGAAGUCUGGAGGUUCCAAAGAGGCCACCACCACACUGCACAUGCUAACACUGCUGAAAGACAUGCUGCCCUGCUUCCCAGAAGGCCUGGUGAAGAGCUGCAGUGAGACUCUGCUUCGGGUCAUGACCUUGAACCACGUGCUCGUGACAGCCUGUGCCAUGCAGGCCUUCCAUAACCUCUUCCAUGCCAAGCCCAGCCCUAGCACCCUCUCAGCAGAACUCAACGCCCAGAUCAUCACGGCACUAUAUGACUACAUUCCCAGUGAGAAUGAUUUACAGCCCCUGCUGGCCUGGCUUAAGGUCAUGGAGAAAGCCCACAUCAACCUGGUCAGGUUGCAGCGAGACCUGGGACUAGGCCAUCUUGCUCGAUUUUUUGGAACUGCAGUGACCUGUCUUCUCUCCCCUCAUUCACAAGUGGUGGUGGCUGCUACCCAGACUCUGAAGGAGAUCCUGAAGGAGUGUGUGGCUCCACACAUUGCUGACAUUGGCUCUGUGACCUCUUCAGCCUCGGGCCCUCCCCAGUACAUCGCUAAGAUGUUCAGGGCAGUGGAAGAGGGCCUCACAUACAAAUUUCAUGCGGCCUGGAGCUCUGUGCUGCAGCUCCUGGGUGUCUUCUUUGAAGCUUGUGGAAAGCAGGCCCAUCCUGUGAUGAAGAAGUGCCUCCAGUCCCUGUGUGACCUGCGCCUCUCUCCUCACUUCCCCCACACAGUAGCCCUAGACCAGGCUGUGGGGGCUGCAGUGACCAGCAUGGGUCCCGAGGUGGUGUUGCAGGCCGUGCCCUUGGAAAUCGAUGGCUCUGAGGAGACUCUGGAUUUCCCACGGAGCUGGCUGCUGCCUGUUAUCCGCGAUCAUGUUCGGGAAACCAGGCUUGGUUUCUUCACCACUUACUUCUUGCCCUUGGCCACCACUCUUAAAAGAAAAGCAAUGGACCUGGCUCAGGCAGGCAGCACAGUGGAGUCGAAGAUUUAUGAUACCCUCCAGUGGCAGAUCUGGACCCUCCUGCCUGGGUUCUGCACAAGGCCCACAGAUGUGGCUGCCUCCUUCAAAGGUCUGGCACGGACUCUGGGCACAGCUAUCAGUGAACGCCCAGACCUGAGGGUCACUGUGUGCCAGGCCCUACGCACCCUCAUCACUAAGGGCUGUGAAGCAGAGGCUGACCGUGCUGAAGUGAGCCGCUUUGCCAAAAACUUCCUGCCAAUCCUCUUCAACCUGUAUGGGCAGCCUGUUGCAGCUGGAGAGGCGGCAGCCCCUCGCCGUGCUGUGCUGGAAACCAUCAAAACUUACCUCACCAUAACUGAGUCUCAGUUGGUGAAUGGUUUCCUGGAAAAAGCCACUGAGAAGGUUCUCGAUCCUGCCAGCUCUGAUUUCACCAGAUUGUCUGUCCUGGACCUGGUUGUGGCUUUGGCUCCUUACUCGGAUGAAGCUGCCAUCAGUAAGCUAUACUCUACCAUCCGACCCUACCUUGAGAGCAAGGUGCAUGGGAUACAGAAGAAGGCCUACCGUGUGCUGGAGGAGGUGUGUGCCAGUUCUCAGGGCCCCGCAGCCCGCUUCGUGCAGAGCCACCUGGACGAUCUGAAGAAGACACUGCUAGACUCGCUUCGGAGCACAUCCUCGCCUGCUAAAAGGCCCCGUUUGAAGUGCCUCAUACAUAUUGUGAAGAAGCUGUCGGCUGAGCACGAGGAGUUCAUAGCAGCCCUCAUCCCAGAGGUGAUCCUGUGCACCAAGGAGGUGUCAGUGGGUGCACGGAAGAGUGCGUUCACUCUGCUGGUGGAGAUGGGCCACGCUUUCCUGCGAUUUGGCUCCAGCCAAGAAGACGCUCUGCAGCGGUACCUUGUCCUCAUCUAUCCUGGCCUUCUGGGUGCAGUUACCACAGUCAGUUGCAGCAUUUUGGCUCUGACCCACCUCUUGUUUGAGUUCAAAGGGCUGAUGGGAACCAGCACAGUGGAGCAGCUCUUGGAGAACGUGUGCCUGCUGCUGGCCUCUCGAACCCGUGAUGUGGUCAAGUCUGCACUAGGCUUCAUCAAGGUGGCCGUGGUGGUCAUGGACGUGGUGCACCUUGCUAAGCACGUGCAGCUAGUGAUGGAAGCCAUUGGAAAGUUGUCAGAUGACAUGCGACGGCACUUCAGGAUGAAGCUUCGGAACCUGUUCAUAAAGUUCAUCCGCAAGUUUGGAUUUGAGUUGGUGAAGGGUCUGCUACCUGCAGAAUACCACAAAGUCCUGAUAAACAUCAGAAAGGCUGAGACCCGAGCCAAGAAGCAUCGCGCCCUGAGCCAGGCUGCUGUAGAAGAGGAGGAAGAGGAGGAAGAGGAAGAGGAGCCUGUCCAAAGCAAAGGUGACAGCAUUGAAGAGAUUUUGGCUGACUCUGAGGAUGAAGAUGAGGAAGAAGAAAGAGGCCGGGGCAAGGAGCAGCGGAAGCUGGCACGACAGAGGAGCCGGGCGUGGCUGAAGGAAGGUGGUGGCGAUGAGCCCCUCAACUUUCUGGAUCCCAAAGUGGCCUAUCGAGUCCUUGCCACCCAGCCUGGGCCCGGGCGGGGCAAGAAGAAGGACCAUGGCUUCAAGUUGAGCGCUGAUGGCCGGCUGAUCAUACGGGAGGAAGAAGAUGGAAGCAAGGUGGAGGAAGAAGAUGGCACUAAAGGGGAAGAUGAAGACAUGACUGAUGCGAUGGACGAUGCCCGCGUGAGAAGUAAGAAGAAGCUUAAGCGGCAGAGGGAGGACGAGGAGGACGAGCUGGAGAUCCCACCUCGGUACCAAGCUGGAGGCUCUGGCAUCCAUCGCCCUGUGGCUAAGAAGGCUGCGCCUGGAGCUGAAUACAAGGCCAAGAAGGCAAAAGGCGAUGUGAAGAAGAAGGGCCGCCUGGAUCCCUAUGCUUACGUCCCACUCAACAGAUCCAAGCUCAACCGCAGGAAGAAGGUGAAGCUCCAGGGACAGUUUAAAGGUCUGGUGAAAGCUGCCCAGCGGGGAUCGCAGGCAGGACACAGACUCCGCAGAAAGGAUCGCAGGUCCUGAGUCCUUCUGGGGAAUGGAGCUGUUCUCUGCUGGGGAAUGGAGCUGUUCUCUGCUUCGGUCCAGGGCCCCUUUCUAGCUCCCAUGAUAUUUAACACCAACUGCAGGUGUGAGCCUUGCUGAACCUGGACAUUCAUUGGAAGAGGACUUAUUUCUAAGAGAGAUCCCUAGGAUUUUGGAAACUAAUGUCCUUUAGAACAUUGUCAACAUCUAGGAGUGGAAACCUGACGAUGCUACCUCUGAGAAGGCCUUAAGUGGUGCUCUGCUUUCUGUCCAACGUGGCCAUGAGAGCAGAGUGCUGACCGUNGUCUGCGUGUGUAAGAUCUGCUGUAACCAGGCGUAGAAUAAAUGUGCGUGGCCAUGCAUCAGCCCCGAUGAGUAGCUUGACUCCUUCCUAUCCAAC